AUGGUUUCUCCAAAAACCCGAUACUUAGUUUUCUUUCAGUACUUUGGCAGUAAAUAUAGUGGGGUCAUGGGGACACCAACAGAUCAGUCACUGCUUGGAGUCCAGAAUUACAUGGAGAAGGCAGCGCAGAACCUAAAAUCCAUCAUUCCCAUCAAGUUCCACAUCUCGAGCCGCACGGACACGGGUGUCCACGCGCUCUGCAACUCUGCCCACGUCGACAUCCAGAGGGCCCCGGGGAAGGCCCCGCUCCAUGCCCGGGAGCUCGUCCGCAGCCUCAACCACCACCUGAAGCCGGAGCCCAUCCGCAUCCUGAGCGCUCACCGCGUGGCCGACAGCUUCCACGCACGCUUCUCCGCAUGCUCCAGGACCUACGUGUACCGGCUCCUGCUGGGCUGCUCCCAUCACUCCGAAAUCCCAGUGUUUGAAAGGGAUCUCUGCUGGGCUCCGGCAGGAGGCUCCCUGGACGUGCCGGCCAUGCAGGACGCAGCAGGGUUCCUGCUGGGCACCCACGACUUCAGCACCUUCCGCUCGCUCAGCUCGGAAACACCCCUCAAGUCUCCGGUGAGAACCAUCCUCCAGGCAGACAUCCGACCCUCCGCUGGCCUCCUGUCCCACCACUAUGAGUACAGGGGACUGGAGUUUUGGGAGCUGGAGUUCAGGAGCAGAUCGUUUCUCUACCGACAGGUCCGAAGAAUGGCUGGGGCCCUUGUUGCCGUUGGCCAGGGGAAGUUAUCACCUCGUCACAUAAAAGAGUUAUUGGAAAAAAGAGAUUCCCAGGCUUUUCCACCUCAUGCUAUGGCUCCACCAUCCGGCCUCUUCCUAAAAUCUGUAGCAUAUAACGAAGCAGACUUGGAGACAGGAACGACGGCAGAAUAG